AAUAAUGCCAGCUGCUGUAAAAGCUAAAAGAAGAAGUAGAGGAAGCAAGACCAGAGUCGAGUAACUUACUACUGUAGGGAAAGUGUAACCUUGGAUGUCACUCUAAACGGAUGUUUGUUUCCAAGCAAAGGGCGUAUUGAAGAGAUAAGCAUGAGCAGUUUUAGUAGACCCGGCAGACACAGGACACCACCAUUCACCAGGGCAACACACAUUGGAGUGUCCAAGUCUGACCUGGAGAGAGAUUCAGGCUUCUCAGAUGCCAGUUCUGAGUACUUCAGCACAGUCGAUCUGACUGACUCUGAAGAUGCAGGAAGGAAUAGGUCGAUAGUUGGCGAGUCGAUAGCCGGCCAGGACUUGACUGGAGGCUCAUAUGCUGGACUGUCUCCAAUGAUCAUCAUGAAUAACUUUGUCUUAAAGCAGCCACCCCUGAUGGCUCAAGCAGAAAAACAGUGGGGCUUUCCUUCAUCUUUAGAAGUGAUGCCUCAAUCACAGGUUGUUCUUCUUCAACCCAUGGUAUCAAAUGGUAGCAGCAGCUCUGACAAUAUCCGACAAUCAAAAAGCUACAUGCCCAUCCUCAAGUCAUACCCCAGAAUUGCCCCACACCCUGCAGAAGCACCCACUAAGAGGACGGGAUCGUCCAGGGCGAGAGUUAGUUCAACGUUGGGAUAUAACCAGCAACAGAAGAGGCACCACCAAGGCCUAAAGCUUUACAGCUCCCCCAGCCCGCAGCCAGCACCUCCGACUCUCAAACCCAUCUCCAACUUUGCAGCAGCAGACAACCAGUCACAAACAGCAGAAAGUCAGGCGCAACUCAGUGACAAGUCUCUCUCCUCGCUGGCAGGGACCACCUCUCUGCCCCCCUACACAGAUAAAUUCAGGAUAGAGAUUGACAGCGACAGGAUGCAUGCUGACCAAUACCAGGACUCCUUCUCAAUUGACAAUAACAAAUUGAAACGUUUCAGCAAUACCUACAACAUUCUCAAUAAAUCUGGCUUGCUGGGGAUCACGUUGCGCACAAAGCAGCUGAUCAAGGAGAAUAAACGCACCCAAGGCCAGCUGCAGCAGCUUCAGGAGCAAACGGCCCUGCUGCUGGAGGCUCUGAGCAGCGGAGACCCGCAGCUCUGGACUAAACUGCAGCUCUCUCUGCAGCACACAGACAAGGAGCAAUGGGGAGCUAAAGCUCCUCAGAGAGUCCUGGCAUAAUGUAUUCAGUGGACAUGACCAGCAGUUCUCAAUCAGAGGUUCACAAGAUGAUUUAUUAAAUGUGAAAUCAUAUCUCAAAUCUUAACAAUAAACACUUUCACAGCAUCUGGCAUCUUAACUUAACAAACUAAAACUUCUAACUAACCUAAACCAUAUACUUUCACACUUCUGUCAGGAGGUUGCUAUACAGAUCAUCUUAAAUUUGCACGCUGCAGAGCCAGAAACAUUCAGAACUGCUGGUCAAAUAUGAAGUUGACACCUACACACCUACUAAUACCAAGUUGAGAAGCAAGCUUACAUUUCAAACCCUCGCCUAUAAUGAAUUUUCUUGUCUCUCCUCCUUCAAAAUGUCAAGUAUCACUUGUAACAGGGCUAUGGAUUCUAUAUGUUGAAAUCCUGAAUCCAUAAUAGCCAUGCCUUACUGCACAUGUGAGGACACAUGGGUUUAAUUCCUUACACAUGCCUUGAAUGUGAUUACUGUAGAGGAAAUAUAAGCAUCAUUUUUACUUUUUAAAUCAAGUAGGAAACAUGGUGUGGAUACCUCUGGCCUGUGUUUCAGUUUUCUUCUUCGCAGAGAAGGGCCUUGAAUCAAUAGGGCACUCUCUUGUCUCUUUUUUAAAACAUUUUCUUUGUUUUUAAAUUGGAUGGUAAAUGAAAAUGAAUGAGCCCAUGCCUCCUUAGUGAGCAAAUGUACGUACUAAACGCUUGUAUUCUCAAACAACAGCUGGAUAGCACACAGUGAAUUCAGAAGGCUGGCAAAACCAUUACCAUUGUUUUCUGUUUGUUUUAUAUUUGUGCUGCUUGGUGUCAGUAUUAUUUAUUUUUAAUUAUGUUUCUCACCGAGACUAAAGCUGUGUGAAUAAUAUAAUCAAACUAAGCACAUUAUGAUGAGGUUUCCAGUUCACUGGCAAAGCAAGCGCCUUUUUUCAAAAGAUACCUUAAAGAACUGCGUAGGAAUUUGCAAAGGUUUCAACUGUAGCAAGUGAAGUGCUGUAGCCAUGCAUUUUUCUCUCGACUUUGCAUAUGUUGCUGCCAUGUUCAUUCCUGCUGCUUAAGCUCAGUGUGAUGUGUUAUUAAUUGAAACUCCAAGGCAAAGAAAUGACAGCUAAAUGGCUUCUUUUAGUUUGAUAUUACGGACUCUUGCACUUUAGUUAUACGAUUACUGACAACAUUUCUAGACAAAUGUUACGACAUGUAUCCCUAAGUGAGCACUCUGUGUUGAUAAAACAUUGAGAGUAUAAAUGUACCUGGAUGCCAGUGCCUUCUUUGAAUAUGUUUGUACUUCAGAUCAAUUAUUGAGCAGCGUAGAUUGUGAGCUUCAUGUGGAAGAAAGUUGAAUGUACUACUCCAAAGAAUUAAUAUUCUUCUCUGAAUCGAAAAACAAACCGUGCCCUGGUUAGGUAAUACAUCCAGAGUUGCAGUAGAAAGAAUAGCAUGAAGACAAGUCAUAAAUGGUUCAGUUUUAAUGUUAAGUUGAGGAUAACUGUUAACUGUAUUUAUUUUUAACAAUGCACUACUGUUGCAAUAUUUUCUAAUUGUGAUUAAUUAAUUGUAAAACUAAGAAAUAAUCGAGUCAGUCUUGAGGUUUUAAGAGUGCAAAAGGAGGGGUACAAAAUGUAUUUAAAGAUUGCUUUUCAGAGAUUGCUUUUUUUCUGUAAUUGUGAAAAGUGCUUUGUAUUGUUACUUUAGCAGGUCACUGACUAAUAAUGAACUCUCAUAAAACUCUGUUUGAAGACCA